AUGCUCCUCUAUUUCGUACAAACUUCGGCUGUUUUUCAUACCGGAUGCUGGAACGAACGAAAAAAUAAAAAGGCUAGGAUAUCUAGAGCGUCGAAGAAAGAGUAUGAGAUAAAGCAGGAGAAACCAGAGCUUGUUCGAGUGCGACAAUGGGCGGAUGAAGAUGAUUUUCGUUUGUUUGUAUAUUUAAAGUUAGACGAACUUAUACAGAAUGGGCAGGCUGGAGUCGAAGCUGUCGAGGAGGGCGAGGAGAGUAAUCUGGAAGAUAAUAAUAAGCGAGACAACCAGGACAAUAGAACCAAAACUGUAAAUAUUACAUAUAUUAAUGGAGAUAAUUCUAAUACAACCACAGACACUAUUACAGCCUCUAGUAUGAAUACAAAUAUAAGCACGAGUGCAACGACAAUAAAAGCCACUGCUGCGACUGCAGAAAUCACUCAAAACACUGACAAAAUCAACAAGAAAAUAGAAUCCCUAAUACUUGAGGGCACACGUGCGUUGCAAUCCGAUUGGCGGGACUUUUCAAAGCAAGAUCGAGCAUACGACAAUAUAGACGAUGUUGGAGUUGAUUUGGACUAUUUUACAUUCCUUGCUAGCAUACCGGAUGCUCUUAAAAAGAUGGAACACCAGAAGGGCGCUUGGGCCGUUGCUAUAGAAAGAUUUAGGAUUCUGAGAACAUUUUUGAGGGGUCUGAUAUAA